AUGUUGAAAAUUGGGGGCGGUGCGGUGCUGCUGGCGGCCAUCGUGGCCGUGUUCGUGGUGGCCACUCAGGGCCGCGACCCAGACCUUGAGGCUUCCGAACAGGAAGGGAGAGAGUACAUCAUACAUCUGGACAAGAUGGCCGGCCUCAGGAAGAACCGUGCGGCGCUCGCGGAAUGGGCCUACACAUCUAAUAUUACUAAGGAGAACGAAGAGAAACGUAUACAAGUUCAAUUGGAAAUAUCACAACAAGAAAAACUGGCUUGGGAAGAAACUAAGAUGUACAGAUGGCAAGAUUUCCAAGAUUUCUCCUUACGUCGAAUGUUCAAAAAGUAUAGUCAACUUGGCGUAGCCGCGUUACCAAAUGAUAAAUAUAAGCAGCUGAUGUUCUCUAUAUCAGGAAUGGAGUCGAACUAUGCCACGGCCAAGAUCUGCGCGUAUAAGAAUGAAACAAAAUGCGAUCUAUCUUUAGAACCUGAUCUAACUGAAAUCUUUGCAAAGAGUCAAGACCCCGAAGAAUUAAAAUACUACUGGGUUGAAUGGCACAAGGCAGCUGGCGCACGAGCGCGUCAAAACUUCACCGAGUACGUGCAGUUGGACAACGAAGCAGCUAAACUAAAUAAUUUUGAUGACGUCGCUGAAUGGUGGCAAUCUGAAUACGAAGUACCAGACUUUGAACAGCAACUAGCCAAAAUAUGGGAAAACGUUAAACCACUGUACCAACAGUUACACGCCUAUGUAAGGAAACGGUUGAGAGACAAGUAUGGUGAAGAAGUUGUAUCAGCAAGAGGUCCUAUACCCGCUCAUCUUUUAGGUAACAUGUGGGCGCAAACGUGGAAUAAUAUUGAGUCGUUUACUCGGCCAUACCCUGAUAAAAAAGAGGUUGACAUAACACAAGCCAUGCAAGACCAGAACUACACAGCGUUAAAGAUGUUCCGGAUGUCCGAUGAGUUCUUCAGAUCCUUAAACCUUACUGCGAUGCCCGAGAAAUUCUGGAAAAACUCAAUAAUUGAAAAGCCAACUGAUAGAGAAAUUGUAUGCCAUGCGUCUGCUUGGGACUUCUAUGAUGGAGAAGAUUUCAGGAUCAAACAGUGUUCGACAAUUGACUAUGAGUAUUUCCAAACAACACACCACGAAAUGGGACACGUACAGUACUUCCUACAAUAUAAAGAUCAAAUGGUCGUUUUCCGAGACGGAGCAAACCCAGGUUUCCACGAGGCGGUUGGGGACACAAUUGCGUUAUCUGUUUCAUCACCCAAGCAUUUACGUCGAGUUGGUUUAACCAGCGGUGAUGCAGAAGAUGAACAAACUGAAAUCAAUCAACUGUAUAAAAUGGGUAUUGACAAAAUAGUUUUCCUACCGUUUGCAUACACAUUGGACCUCUUUCGAUACGGUGUGUUCCGCGGUGCCACCACUCCGGAUGACUACAACUGCCAUUAUUGGAGGCUAAGGGAGGAACUGCAAGGUGUAGAGCCUCCUGUUACCAGGACAGAAGAUGACUUUGAUGCUGCUGCCAAAUACCAUGUAUCUGCGGAUGUGGAAUAUGCCAGAUACUAUGUAUCAUUCAUCGUGCAGUUCCAGUUCCACCGUGCUUUAUGUCAAAUCGCCGGUGAAUACGUUCCAGAAGAUUUAACAAAGAAACUUGUCGAUUGUGACAUUUACCAAAGUGUUGCCGCUGGGAAUGCAUUAUCAAACAUGCUGAAAAUGGGAUCAUCCCGUCCAUGGCCAGAUGCGAUGGAGGCUUUGACAGGUCAACGCGCGAUGCGAGCUGACGGACUAUUGGAGUACUUCCGGCCAUUACACGAUUGGCUGCAGGCUGAAAACCAACGGACUGGAGAGUACAUCGGAUGGGAGUCUAGUAAAAUACAAUAUUGUAGUGAAGAGCAGAGAGCAGCUUUUAAAACAAAGGAGACGAAAACAGAAUCUGCGCCGGAGUCGUGA